CAACCAGCAGCUCCCAGCCAAGAAUAGUGACUGGGUUCUCCUGCUCUGCUGGCGUAUAAAAGCCUCUGACAGGUUCUCACUCUCCAGAAGAUUUCAUUCAUCAAAGGUCCAAAGCUUCCAAGCAGUAUGCGGGUCCUCAUACUAACCUUUUGCCUGAUUGGGGCCGUCCUUACCAAACCCAUUUCUUUCAAUGAUGUUGCCGAGUCGAGCGAAUCAAGCGAAUCGGCCCAGACUGGAGGUUCCUAUCAGCAUUACAACCAACAGCAGACUGGAGGGUCCUAUGAUCCCCAACCCUAUCAACAUUACAACCCCCAGUACCAGCAACAGAGCUCGGAGGAAAAUGGCCAACAAGCUCAGGCAUCGUAUGAUCUGCAUUCCUACCAACAUUACCUCAAGCAGUACCAACAACAGGCUCAAAGCGGAGGUUCCUAUGAUCCACACUAUCAGCAUUACCUCCAACAGUACCAAUACCAACAGAGUUGGGAUCCACAUUAUGCUAGUUACGUGCACCAACCCGCAAGUCAGUCAAAUGAGCACAAACAGCACCCUCAGGAAGCAGACACAACAAGCACGGCUGUUGAAAGCCAUGACAGUACCGGCAGUGAGAGCAAUGAAGCCAAGGACCAAAGCUAUCCCAUCCAGGCACCAGAAGAGAGCUUCGGAACGGACGACAGCAAGAGCACCAGUCAUGAAAACAGUCAGACCGAAGACAGCACAAGCAGCGAAAGCUCUGAGUCCAAUGAGACCACCAUCACUGACACAAAUGAGGGUAGUGACAGCCAUGACUCCAGUCAAACCAGUAACAAGAUCCUUGUCAUCAAGACCAUACUAAUGAGCAGUGUGAUAGACAGUAGUCAAACCAGCAAGGGUAGUCAGGAAACCAGCAGUGAAAGGAGUGAGACCAGUAAGGCCAGCGACAACAUCAGCAGUGAAAGCAGUGAGACCAGUAAGGCCAGCGACAACAUCAGCAGUGAAAGCAGUGAGACCAGUAAGGCCAGCGAUUAUAGCAGCAGUGAAAGCAGUGAGACCAGUAAGGCCAGCGACAACAUCAGCAGUGAAAGCAGUGAGACCAGUAAGGCCAGCGACAAUAGCAGCAGUGAAAGCAGUGAGACCAGUAAGGCCAGCGACAACAUCAGCAGUGAAAGCAGUGAGACCAGUAAGGCCAGCGAUUAUAGCAGCAGUGAAAGCAGUGAGACCAGUAAGGCCAGCGACAACAUCAGCAGUGAAAGCAGUGAGACCAGUAAGGCCAGCGACAAUAGCAGCAGUGAAAGCAGUGAGACCAGUAAGGCCAGCGACAAUAGCAGCAGUGAAAGCAGUGAGACCAGUAAGGCCAGCGACAACAUCAGCAGUGAAAGCAGUGAGACCAGUAAGGCCAGCGACAAUAGCAGCAGUGAAAGCAGUGAGACCAGUAAGGCCAGCGACAACACCAGCAGUGAAAGCAGUGAGACCAGUAAGGCCAGCAACAAUAGCAGUAGUGAGACCAGUAAGGCCAGCGACAACAUCAGCAGUGAAAGCAGUGAGACCAGUAAGGCCAGCAACAAUAGCAGCAGUGAAAGCAGUGAGACCAGUAAGGCCAGCGAUUAUAGCAGCAGUGAAAGCAGUGAGACCAGUAAGGCCAGCGAUUAUAGCAGCAGUGAAAGCAGUGAGACCAGUAAGGCCAGCGACAACACCAGCAGUGAAAGCAGUGAGACCAGUAAGGCCAGCAACAAUAGCAGUAGUGAGACCAGUAAGGCCAGCGACAACGUCAGCAGUGAGAGCGGUGAAAAGGUCAUCAACAUCCACAAGUGUCAGAAUGGGGCGGAGAGCUGCGAGAGCGAGGAGUAUUUCUUCCAGGACAUCGGCGACGAUGCCCACUACUCAGUGGACCAUCUGAUGGUGCCAGAUGAAGAUGACAUGGAGUUACGCCUGCGAAGAAGAUGACCUCACCUCCACCUCCACCUCCACCUCCACCUCCCACAUUCACUUCAACACUAUCCAAUAAGCUGACUAAACAUAUCAGGUGGAAUAUAGAAUAUUGUUUUGACUCUUGAAAGUUAUUUUUGGGAUCAUCAUAUUGUUACCUAUGUGUGUGUGUGUGUGUGUUUGUGUGUGUGCACGUGUGUGUGCACGUGUUUGUGUUGAAAACAUUUUGACCUCUAGUGUGUUGCAG